CCCAAUGCGGCUCUGAAAACGUCAGCCACACACAGCACCAUACCUUUUUCGUAAUAAAUCACUCAGGCCCGUUUCGUGUGAUAAAUAGCAGCUCAUCAUUUCCACACUGUUGCAAGAAUAACUGUGCAAAAGUGAUUCAUUGUUCGGUGCUAAUCCAUUGUUGAAAUAAAUAAAGGCAGAGUGGGGAUUUUGGGGAACGUGGAAGGUAGAACAUGGCAACCUUCUGAUGACGUUUGUACUCAUCCGAAGGUUUUUUACAAUCGAGGAAGAAUACAGGAACAAAUGUUCUUCGUUAAUACAACUGGCAGUUGACCAGUUCAAUUGAAAUUGUUUACCAAACGUUCCGAGUGAUUUUUGUUAACUUGUUACUUAUUUAUCGUUGAUAACUGUGAGUGGAAUUUCUACAAACAUGAUGAACAUGUGGAAAGUGCGGGAACUCAUGGACAAGGCGACUAAUGUAGUUAUGAACUACACUGAGACUGAAGCCAAAGUUCGAGAAGCUACCAAUGACGAUGCCUGGGGACCCACUGGUGCUAUGAUGCAAGAACUCGCCCAGGCGACAUUCACGUACGAACAGUUUCCCGAUGUUAUGUCAAUGCUUUGGAAAAGGAUGUUGCAAGAGAAUAAACGUAAUUGGCGGCGUACGUACAAGGCUCUCCUCCUCUUAAACUACCUCGUCCGAAACGGUUCCGAGCGCGUCGUAACAUCCUCCCGCGAGCACAUUUACGACCUCCGUUCCCUCGAAAAUUACACGUACAUCGACGAAAUUGGCAAGGACCAAGGCAUAAACGUUAGACACAAAGUUCGUGAACUGAUAGACUUCAUUCAGGACGACGACAAAUUGCGUGACGAGCGUAAGAAGGCUAAAAAGAAUAAAGACAAGUACGUCGGAAUGUCGAGUGACGCGAUGGGAAUGAACUUCGGGGGUGGGGAUCGCUGGUCGGACAAUCCGAAGUGGACGAAACCCACGACCGAGGGGUACAACGAUUGGGAGAGAGAUACGAGGGGUCGGGGAGGCUUCGAGGACGGUAACAACAGUGACGAUGGCGAGCGGGAGGACUCGGACAACGACAAUCAGAGUCCGAAGAAGGGCGCCAAGGAUGUCAAGGAGUCUCCGUUGGACAAGCUCGAGAAGCUCUCAGUGGGGAAUAGCAAUUCUCCUCGGAGAAAUCCCAGUCGACCUGUGAAGAAGGUUGACCUGGGGGCAGCUGCGAACUAUGGGAAGGAUCCGAGUGCCAACAGUGGAGUCGUCCAGGGGAACUUAAUAUCCUCGCCCAUCAAGAGUCAACCGAAGAAGAACAAUGACAUCUUGAACGACUUGUUCGACACCAGCAACGACAACAGCAGAACAGCUAUUGAUAAUGACGACGAUUUCAAUCCCAGGGAGAGUGACUACGUUCCUGUCGCCAGUCAGAACGUCGUCAAUGCCAAUUUUGGAGACUUCACCAGUGCUUUCGGGGGUACUAAGCAGGAUAAUGACGAUCAGUUUGCUGAUUUUACUAGUGCUUUCAAUUCCGGGGUGACGAUAGGGAGGAAUGAUAAUAAUUGGGUUGCGGGAGGAGCUGCGGCGGGGGGGAGACUGGAUUCCUUGCAGAGUAAUCAGGAAGGCUUGAGUGGGCAAUCGAAUACCGAGGAUUUGAUGGCUGGAAAUGGGCUGAGUGGGAAUUUCAUGAGCAGUGGACCUGUGGGACUGACGAAUCAGGGAGGAGCCACUAGGACUAAUGGGAAUAAUAAUACGGGGCCCAUGGGUGCUGACUUGCUAACGGAUUUCGGGGGAUUUAAUGCUUUCAAUGCUAAUUCACAGAUGGGAAAUAACGCUAAUUUCUUCAAUGUUGCGGGCGCCAAUCAACCUGCAAACACCGGAUUACUAGCCCCAACUCCCGUAAACACGAGGACAACUGGAGGACCGACUGAACCAACAACCACGCAAGUAGGUUCAACCUGGGCUGGUGCAGGCCUCAAGAUCGAUCUUGACAAUCUCUUGGGGAGCAAGUCCAAAUCGAGUGGGCCUGCUCCAAGCAUGAAUCAACUAGCUACCAACAGCCCUCAGCAUCAACCUCGGCCACUCGAGGAUAUUGUUUCAGCCCCCAGUGUGAACCUCGGGCCACCGAUGAUGCAGUCCCCAGGCCAGACUAGUACCAAUUUCUUUCCAACUUUUCCCUGAGAUAUCCACAUCACACGGUCAACAAGUCAGGUAAAAUGAUGGGUCAGACUGGAAGUUUGUGAGUUUAUUUAUACCCCACCCUCGAUAUUUUUCCAUUUUUGGGAAGUUGUGCAGCUGAACGUUCACUAUUUUGCAAUUGAGGAGAGACUCUGGAGACAUUUAGGUAAAAAUUACAAGACGUUUGAGAAAUGAUAAAAUGUUCGAGAGUAGCUUCAGGUAUUUUUCAGGCCUGGUUGCACUGAAUCUUCAAUUCCAUCUGGUUAUUGACAGUGGCUAUUUCCUAUAAAUACAGCAAUAGUGUUUGGUGCAACCAAUACAACAGGACAACCAUCGAUGCAUCCAUUCUAUGCAACCAAGCCUCACCUGGCAAUUGAUAUUAUCCCACUAUUCUCCUCAGUUGCAGGAUUUAUCGUAGAAACAUUUGACCUCAGUGUAUAAUAAAGAAGAAUCCGUGUAACGAGUUCGUUAAGAUUUUCGGAGGAAAGUGUGAAUAAAUAAAUAGCCAAAUGUCAUUUUUUAUAAAAGAAAAUGUGGAAAUAAUCCAUCACUCGGAGAUGUCUUUCAAUGAACGAUAACGAAGUGAAAAAAAAUGUUGUUACAUACAUAUAUAUUAUUAAUUAUUAAUAUACAUGGAUAAAUAUGAUAUAGGACUUAGUCGCUGUUGUACAACGCGACACCGAGAGUAAUUGACAAUACGUGCUUCCUCAACACGAAUUACAUUUUUGCACUGGGAGAAGAAUUGGCGAAUUUGUUAGGAGAUAAUUGUAUGGAACGGUGCACAGCAGUGAUCGUGAUCGAGUCUCUGUGAUCGAUAAUCAUGUGUGGAGGAGAUUUUUGAGUGAUCAUUUGGGAAUGUAUCGGUAGAAUGAUGAUAAAUACUAAAAUUUGCUGUCACAGCACAAGAAAAUGCGCAAUCGUUCGUACGUCAGGAUUAGAUGAUUCAUUUUUAUCCCAAAGAUUCUUCUCUAAUCAGUGAAAGCAAUGCAUUUUAAUCGAAAAUAGGUUGAAAAUUGAUAUUCGAAUGAGUGCAUUCCUCAAGAAUCAGAAUGACAUGACGAUGAAUUUUAAUCGAGUUGUGAAGAAGCGCAUAUCUCUAACGAUGAUUCUUAACAUCUGUCACUAUUAACGAAGAUAAUUAUUAGCCGUUAAAAUACUAACAUAGAUCAUUAACGUAAUCAGUACUUGCAGUAAAUUUUAUAGAGCAAAUGAGAGAAACGAACUUAUUUUUCAAAGUGGAUAAUUAACGCAGCGAGUUGUCCCGAAAUUUUAUGACAUUUCCUCUUCUAGAUAACGAAAUUCAUGAUAAUGUGUUCGCAGGUACCUCACGAAAGAGUGGAACGUAAUCAUUCCAAAAUUGAUGAUUAAUAGAGUGUAAUAUAUUGUAAAAAGAAGGGAGGAGGAAAUAAUUUAUCAGAAUGAAACAGUCAUUUAUUGAAGAAUUGGAACAUAUCCAUCCUCUGAUUCGAGUUUCCUUGGUUCGAUGCCUGCCGUUAUUCGAGAGAAUGUGCUCAGAAUUAAUGAGUUGAAUCUGGUUCACUUCCAAGUUGAUUCUCCUGCCAAUAAAUUUACGUUUCAAUCACGCAUUUUUUUAAUUUUUUUAAGAUGCAUCUCAGAGACUGUCUUUUUGGGUUUCUCCGUCGACUUUUCAGCAGAAUAAAAGGGAGAUGAAGAUUUUUCUAAAAUUGUUACGAUAAUUGUUGGGGGAUUGUGGAGCGAAUGGACACUUUCAAUGGAAUUCAAUUGAAAAAGCGUUCAUUUCGCUUCAUGUUUCCCUCUGUCUCUUAAUUUCCAUUCAAUUCUGCAUUUACUCAGCGCAAAUGUUGCAAGAUUUUUGACAGUAUUAAGGUGUAAAAAACAUGUAAAUAAAUGCGCAGGAUAAAGAGAGGUACAUGAGACAUGAAUAAAUCACAGACGUGACACAGACGUUGAAACAUAAAAUUGAGGAAAAUUGAAUGGUUGUGUCAACUAAUUUUUAAGAGUAGAAGAGAAUUCUGCGUGUACUUGAUUGUCCUUCUAGCCAAGGUGAUUAACGAAAAAAAGUUCGAAUAUGUUUCUCCUCUUUCGUUAAUGAAUUAAAACGAACGAUUCAUUAAUUCCAGUUGAUGAUGUGUAUUUUCUCUAUCACUGUACAUAGUAUGAAUGUUAAGGGAAUCAUUGUGAAUAUUCGUACGAAUCAGUGGUGAACAUGCAACGAUUAGCAUGGUUUUCCUCAAUUGUACAAUUAUAUUAAGAAAAAAAAUACAAAUUAAUAAUCAUUAAACGAAUUUUAUUUUCUCGUAUCGAUUCAUGAAGACAUUCUGUUUAUACCAUUGUAUUCAAUUUUAUGGUUGUAGUUAUGUUGUCGAUAGUUUUUAUUUUUUUUUCUUCAUUAAAAAUGCUCAUUGGUGCUGGUGUUAAA